CGCAGAAAGCGGCAACCAAAAUCCUUCGCUUCUGCUUCGCUUACGAACUCACGUUCGGCGUCUCCGACCUCAUCCGAAUAUUGAUACAGAGUACCGAAACGGCAAAAGCAGUCGAUUACGCAUGCUUUCGCUUUCGCUUUGAGUUACAGAGUCCCACUGCUGGUGACAAGGAGUCAGAACACAAAAGAAGAAGAGUUGAUGUUGAUAUUGAUAUUUUUCUGUCUGUAUAUAAAUAAUAUUCCAAGUGAGAUUUUGGUAUAUAGUUUAUAAUUUUAAUAUUUAUGAUUUCUUUGGUCAUGAAAAUGAAGGAAAAUUAAUGAAACAGGAAAGGGAAACAGGAUUUAUCAAACUGGAAAUAGUGAGAAGUGAAACCUGUUGAAAUUAUUCACCAGCUGAUUAUUGUAUAAACCUGAACAUAUCUACAAAUCACAAUCAGAACACAGAAUAGAAAAGGGAGACUUGGAAUGUUUUGAAAAGGAACAUUUCAAAUGUAUCAUCAUUGGUGAAAUUUAGAAUGCCAACAUUUUGAGAAAAUGGGAGAGCUUAUGUUGAAUGUGAAUAUUGUUUUGGAUAACAAACCUAUUACAGUGCCCUACAAUAGUUCCACAACUGCUGAGGAUAUUUGUAUUCAAGUUUGUAAACAGCUGAAUAUUUGUACAAUAACUCGUCACCUUUUUGCACUCAGAUUCACUGGCAAAAAUGUAUUCCUCAUGCCAGCAGAAAUAAUUGGAGAGAAACCCAUGUCACUGGAUUUCAGAAUAAGAUUCAAAGUAGCAAACAUUGUAAAUUUGAAAAAACGUGACAUUAAUGCAUAUAAUUAUUAUUUUCACCAAGCACGAAAUGAUGUUUUAGAGAAUACAAUUCCAGACCUAAUAUAUGAGAAGUAUAGACGAGAAUUGGUUGGAUUAGGAAUAACAGACAUGUAUAGAGUUAUGUUAGAGAAAGAUAUAACUAGAGAAACUGUUGAAAAUGAUUACAAAAAAUAUAUUCCCAAAGAGGUUUUAAAACGCCAUUCAUUCUUCAUCAAGAAACCAAUCCAUGACACUUUGGGUAAACUACAAAGAUCUGUGAGGGAUGCAUCCUAUGUUAAAGCUGAGUAUAUCAGACAACUUGAGAUUAUAGCACCUGAGUACUUGUCAGAAACAUAUAGGGCAGUAAUUGAUCAAGAUGGAUCAAUUUGUAAUAUCAUUAUAAAAGUAUCACCAUACCACAUCAGUGAACCUGGAGUUAGAUACUGCAUGGAAUCCAAAAAAGAGCUAUGGUUUUUAAUAUGUUCUAUUGAAGAUCUUGGUUUCAUAUCUAUAAGGAAUGAUUAUACUAUAGAAAUAAGUCGUAAAACAGGGAUUCCUUUCUACCUUAAGUUUAAUUCCAAAAGUAUCAUGUUAUCUUUUAUAAGCCUUCUAGAUGGAUAUUACAGGCUAACUUGUAAAUGGACUUUCAAUAUAUGUAAAGAUGUGUAUACCCCUUCCUUGCAAAAAUUGUAUUCAAUGAAAUGUCAUGGUCCAGUUGGUGGUGAGUUUUCAUAUGCAAAACUAGAAGCCAAGAGGGGAUUCAGACCAGGUUGUUUCAUAAUAAGAGAAAGUGAAUCUAAAUAUAGUGAUUUCUACUUGGAUGUUUGUAUGAAAGAAGGUAUGAAACCAAAAACAUUCAAGUUAGAGAAAAUAACCAGUGAUGAAUUCAUAUUCAAUGAUGAUCUGACAAGAUACAAAACAGUACAACAGCUCAUGAAUGCUUACCAAGAUACCAGUGGACCCAUCUAUCUGCAGGAGUGUUUACCACCUUCUGAAUAUGAUAUUUCUCCCCUUCUACUCUGUAGAAAAGAAAAUAUAAUUGGUGAUUCAUUGACUGAUACUUCCUCAGUAGAUGUUCUCUUGCCACAAGGAUCUCCAUUAUGUAUUAGUUGUAAAAAUCUACAAGUUUACAAAGGUCAAAAAAGGGAAGGUUCGAAAGGUAUCACUGCCGUCUUUCGAAGUAUGUGGAAAGUGACACAAGGAAAAAAAAUUGAGGUGGCAAUGAAAAUGUUGAAGCAAGAAUAUUCUGAUAGAUAUUUGAAGGAUUUUAUGAACCUUGCUGGCCAAUGGGCAUUUCUACACUCCAGUGCAAUAGUAAGGCUAUAUGGUAUAGCUUUCACGAGUAACAUUUCACUUGUGAUGGAAUAUUUCCGCUUAGGACCUCUUGAUCAAUAUCUAAGGAAGAAUCAAGGGAUUCUAAAACAAGUGGAUCUUAUAGAAGCAUCAAGUAAUUUGGCUUCCGCACUCUGGCAUUUGACUGAAAAUAAUAUGGUUCAUGGGAAGAUCAGAUGUAGGAAACUGAUGGUCAAUGUUCACGAUGAAAAUUCGUUUACUGUGAAAUUAACUGACCCGGGGAUUCACACGGAAUAUAUUUCCUCAGAGGUGCAUUGGAUACCAGUUGAAUGUUACGCAAACUUGGACUAUGCAAAACGAUCAAUUGAAGCUGAUGUUUGGUCAUUCGCAACUACUUUGUGGGAGAUAUUCAUGUACGGGGAAGAAAUUAAACAUACAGACCAUGUUCAAGCUAGAAGGUGGUACCUGAGUGGGAAAAGAUUACCUCAGCCUAAUUCUUGUGCAAAAGAAAUUUAUAGUCUGAUGAGAGAAUGUUGGGAUAUGGAUCCUCACAAAAGGAAGAAACCUCAAGCCAUUAUGCGUGACAUCAACCAAAUAUUGUAUCAAGUUUAUAAUUCCAGAAGGACUCAUUCUUAUGCCAAAGUCUUUAAUAAAUCUAGUGCUUUACAGAAUGUAGCUGGAUCUUCAGUGAAUAGUUUAUGUUCCAACAAUACAGAUACUACAGCUGUCUACUCAGAUGAUUUAGUCGGAGCCAGUGAACUUUCUGAUAAAUCGAGCCUUUCAGAAGUUGGAUCUCAACAUUGGUUGAUGGAAGCCCAAGACCUUGUGAAUCUUGAGGAAUCGAGCUUCUAUGAUUGGUCACACAUUUUCUCUAAUUUCAAUAUUUCUACUGCUACAACAUCACUCGAUAGUUUGAAUUCUAUGCAGAGUGUUUUCGAACUAGAUGGAAAUUAUAAUGUUGUUCUACAAGGGAGAAUUGGACAGGGAUUCUAUGGAGAAGUCUAUAAAGGUACUUUAGAGUGUGUUGAUGGCCAGGAGCAAGAACCUCGUCAAGUGGCUGUUAAAAAAUUGAAAUCUUCAGCCGUCUCAUCUUGUCUCCAAGAUUUUGAAAGAGAAAUUAACAUAAUGAAGUCGUUGAAACAUCCAAAUAUUGUGGAAAUAUUAGGAGUCUUGAGAGAACCUGAAAUAUCAUUGGUGAUGGAAUUUGUUCACCAUGGGUCUUUACAGAGUUAUUUGAAAAUUUAUAGAGAAUCUUUGCAAGAAGCCCAACUGUUGAAAUAUGCUCUCGAUAUAGUAAAGGGAAUGGAUUAUUUGGGGAAAAAGAAUAUUGUUCACAGAGAUUUGGCUGCGAGAAAUAUUUUAGUCGUAGAUGAACAUCACGUAAAAAUUUCCGAUUUUGGUCUAGCACAAGUAAUGGGUACAAAUGACUACUACAUUCUGAAGACUCCAAACAGAGAGUUGCCAAUUAAAUGGUAUGCUCCUGAAAGUUUGAGAGAUGGGAAAUUUUCAACAAGAUCAGAUGUGUGGUCAUAUGGUGUGACCAUGUGCGAAAUGUUCAACUAUGGAGAAGAACCAAACCUAACAAUUUCCCAAGAAGAAAUGGAAGGACGAUCGCAACAACAAAUUUUAUUGAUGAUGUUGGAGAGAGGAGCAAGGUUCCCUUGUCCACCUGAUUGCCCAAAAGUAGUGUAUAUUCGGAUGAUUUACCCUUGUUGGCAAGCAAAUCCCCAUGAAAGGCCACUUUUUUCUAAAUUGAUUUUGGAAAUUGAUGACUUAUUGGCUCAGUAUUGAAUUGACGAAAUAUCAUAAAUUGUUUAGACAUAUUUCAUAAAUCUGUUGAACGGGUCAUCAUUUUCAAAUUCGAUUUAUUAGGGUGAUCUGAUGUCGAUAUCAUUGACUUUGUACCAGUAGACUGGUCAUCUCAAUUUUAAGACGGCCGAACGCAUUUGGGAUGGCAACUUUUGUUGGCAGAGAUUUUAAGUCGUUCGAUUUUGGAAUAACAAAUACUAUAUCCCACUACUAACUCAAAACAGACCAUCUCUUAUAAGUUUAGCAACACAGGGUAAAGGGCCACCACUGUAACUUCUGCAUUCGUAAACGGUUUUUUUU